AUGGCGAAGCUCAUGCGGAUGAAGGGCCCCAAUGGACUUCGCCCGUGCCGCACCUGCAAGAUCCUUGGUAUUUCCGGCGAAAAUAACACGCACUAUGUCCCCUGCUUUCGCCACGAUGGCGAGUCCUACGAUCCAUUGGAUCUCCCGCUCCGAACUCAUGAUGAGUUUAUUGAUGAUGCAGUCUCGGUCGAGAAAGCGACAACAAAUGCUGAGGCAGAGCGUCGGGCGAAGGACACCGGCAUCAACGGGCUCCCCGUUCUCGCUACCCUGUCAAGCCUUGAGUUUCCAGCAUCAACUUGCUCUCACUCUGGGGCAACUUACAAGAAGCUCGAUGUUGGGACGGGGGACUAUAUUCUUCAGCCAAAGGUGGUUGAGGACAUUGGUCGCGACUGUGUUGCUGCUGGGGAUACAACACCGACCGCCUUUGGCGCACGUGUUCCGAAUAUUGCGACACAAUUGCAUUACUUUACCGCCGAAUCUUAUACCCUCUGGACAACACUAUUGGCGCCAGUCGUUCUUCGCGGCCGUUUCCCCCACAAACGGUACUACGAUCAUUUUCUGGGCCUCGUAGAUAUCUUUAACGACUGCCUCUCCAUGUCACUGUCGCGCGAGUAUGUUGACAAUGAUUUACGAGCUCGGAUUGGAAAAUGGGUGACGGACUACGAACGGUACUAUUACCAAUACGACGAGUCCCGUCUCUCUGCAUGUCCAUUGACAAUACAUGCCUUGCUCCACAUUCCGGAUGACAUUCUAAAUGGUGGGCCGAUGUGGACAUAUUGGAAUUAUAUCACAGAGAGCUUUUCUCGACGCCUCCGCGAAAUCGCCCAGAACACCGCAAUCAAAGUCAAAUAUCAGCUUUACACUGAGCUUGACUUGUCACCAUGGCACGAGGAAGAGCUCUCGGGCCAUGUGGUGGCUGGAUAUAAUGGCAUCCGUGUUUUACGGCCGCGGGCUACUGGUCCCCUCUCAAAUCGGCUGACCACAGCUGUCAGUGAGCAUAUUCAAAACAGAUAUCGUGUAUCGCCCGCGGUUGCGUUGCAGUCCCUCCCUGAUGAUUUUACCCACUGGGGACGAAUAUCGUUCCUUGCGUCGGGGGGUGACAAGAUGCGUGGUGCGGAUUUGGUCCACCAUUCCGAGGGCUACAUGACUCGGGAUGCGUCAUUUGUUAAGGCAAGUCAUUUUCUGUACUGGACUCUUGGACUUAUUCCUUUUAGUACUCGCACGAUGUUGAUACAAAUGCUCAUCAUUCGCGCCAAGCACGAGUUGAUGAGCGACAGGUGGCCUAUGGACAACUCCUCCGCCUUCUCGAAUUCACCAUCGCUCUUCCACCUGAGUGUGACACGGCCUCCUGUCCGCUCCUUCUCGCCGCCAUUCGCCCAGUGA